AUGAAAAAAAAAAACGAGAACGGUAUUUGAUUAGGUCUAAACGUAGCAAUGACAGUGGCAGCAGGGAUCGGUUACGCCUUGCUAGCCCUAGGCCCCUCUCUCUCUCUCUUCGUUGCCGUCAUCUCCAAAAAACCCUUUUUGAUUCUCACCGUUCUCUCCAGUACAUUGGUAUGGCUGAUAAGUCUGAUUGUUCUAUCGGGAUUGUGGAGAGCUUUUCUUCCACUCCAAACAACGGCAUGGUGGCCAUAUGGGAUUCUUAUACUAACUUCUGUUGGUUUCCAAGAGGGGCUUCGCAUUGUCUUCUGGAGAAUUUACAAGCGACUGGAAGAGAUAUUGGAUGCUUUUGCUGAUAAAGUCUCAAAGCCGCGCCUCUUUUGGACAGAUAAGAUGCAAAUUGCUCUUGCUGGUGGUUUGGGUCAUGGUGUGGCCCAUGCUGUGUUUUUUUGUCUCAGCCUCUUAACACCUGCAUUUGGCCCAGCGACAUUUUAUGUGGACAAGUGCUCACAAAUACCCUUUUUUCUUGUUUCCGCGAUUAUUGCUCUGGCAUUUGUUACAAUCCACACGUUCUCGAUGGUCAUUGCAUUCAAUGGUUAUGCAGAAGCGAACAAGGUCGACCAGUUCUUUGUUCCCAUAGUUCACCUAGGUGCUGGAAUGUUGACGCUGAUAAAUCUUGCAUCUGGGGGUUGCAUUAUCGGGAUUCCUCUCCUCUAUUUUACGGCAAUUCUAACCGUAAUGCAUUGCGGGAAGAUGGUUUGGAGGAGAUUAACAGUAAAUCAAAGCCAUCAGGGAAAUUCAUAGUUGAAGGUUGCCCCGUUGAAGCUAGUGUUGUUGUGUAGUUUCUUCCAUUUACUUUUUGAAGUGUGAAUUCAAAUUUACAAGAUAUGCUUCUAUAUUUUUUAAUGUAAAAGCCAGACUGAUUUUUUCCUUCUUA